AUGGAAGAAGAUUCUGAAGAAAUAACUUUGAAAGGAAAUUAUUUAAGUGCUGAAGAACUUGUUGAACAUACUAAGAAAGUUAAAGAAUUUGUUUUAUUACCUCGAGGAACGAAAUUAACAGAUCCAAGUGAAGAUCCGGAUUCUCAAAGGACAAAGGCAUAUCUUGAAAAUUUACAUGAAUUUCUUAGUCUUGAGAGAGUUUUGUUAUCAAAUAAGACUGCUAAAGGAGUUUAUGAGUUUGAAAAUAGACGAGUGAAAGUAGUGAAGCCAGCAGGAAGAGGAUGCUUUGGAUACAUAGAAAACAAGGAACAGUAUUUGAAGCCACAUGAAGCUCUUUUUUUAAUGGAAUCGGGUAAAAUCUCAAUUUUAUUUGACACAGUUAUGAUGUCUGUUGAACAAGCAUAUGCAAUUUUCCUCGAUGAAGCUAACGAAGUUUGUCUCGAAGAGUAUUUAGUUUAUUCUUAUCUUCUUCGUUGUGGUUUUAUUGUCACACUUCAUGAUCCUGACAGCGAUCGAUUGAAAAUAGAAAAAUCUCAAGCUAUAUCAAAUAUCAACAAAGAAGAUGAAAUGAUUUGGCAUGUGUUGAGAGAAAAUCUUAAUCAACCCGUAUCGUCAAAGUUCGUUACAGAAAAUUAUGAACUUUAUUGUAAAACAAAGAAAAAAAUGACAGACAUUUGUGAGAAAAUCAGUGGGGAAUAUGAGGAACAGGAAGAAGAAUGUUCAACAUCAGAUAAUAGUAACAAAGACGCGGGUUCAAGCAAUAAACGACCACUGUCAUCAUGUGAAGACGAUCCAUUAGAAAAUCCUUGUAAAGAGCAAAAAACUUCUAAAGAGAAAAGCUCCGAUUCAAAUUUCCUCGACAUCCUUAAAAGGGAACCAGAAUACAAAAAGUAUGAAGAGAUUUUCCUCAAAUUUAGUUUCAUUAAACGAGCUGAAGAUUUAAAAUCUUCUGAAAAGAAACUCAAGUUCAAAUUUGAUGUUUUUAUUCCAAGAGCGGACUUUAAAAAAACUGUAGAUUUGCCAAACUAUCGGAUUUUAAUUAUUAAAUCAACUGAUGAGUUCCCAACGCAUGCUGAACUUGAAGUACUUAAAAAGCAACAAUUUUAUGUUCUUCCAAUAUUCAUAGCAAUUGUUUCUGAAUCAAUGUCAAUUCACUUUUGUUCUUUCGAAUUCUAAAUUCUUUAAAAGAUCCAAAUAAAGUUGGCAUUUUGAUGACUAUCUAGCUUAUUGAAACCGACAAGCAAUUUAAAUAAAUCCAUGAAAUUAUAAUUAUUCUAAAUUUUUCUUCCAUUAAUGAUUUAGAUGAUUUUUGAAUUCUAAGCUACCGAUUUAAGCGUCUUAGAAUGCUAAUGAAAAAAUAUAAAUAUUUAUCAGAACGAUUUAUCUAUUUAGAUUAAAUUUUUCAUGACCAUUAAAAUUCAUUAAAAAUUUGAUGAAAAUGUGAAAGAUAAAUACCUAUAAUGUGUAAAUAAAGCAAUG